CACUACGUUUUGACUCUCUGCUAAGGUGCUAGAGGAAGUGGUCACAGUUCUAUCUGGCAGCCUGAGAUAAAGACUGAUCGUCAACCAUGAAGGCCAGAGCUUGUAAAAGGGAGUUCAGCAUCAUCUUCCUCUUGCUGGUUGUGUCUGUCUUAAUUAUUCUGCUACAAAACAUGAAGUUUCACCACGCAGUGACCACCAUUGCUGCCCUGAGAGUUUCCAUUAACCUCACCAAGAAUCACAGCUCCUGCACCUUCCAGCCACUCUCCACUGAGGAUGCUGUGGAGGAACGCCUCCUACUGGACUCCAUUGCUUGGCCUGAAACUCCACCUUUGCCAGCUCCUGUUUCCCUGGAGAAUACCAGUGAUCCAGCUCACAGCACCUUCACCAUUCUCCCAAGGAGGGGAGGACAGUGGCAUGUAGGGGAUCAGCUGGAGGUUAUGAUAGAAAUGUGUGACUUCCAGGGUCGUCCCAAGAAGUAUGGGGGGGACCUCUUACUCGCCCGGCUGCACAACCCGAAGCUUGGUGCAGGUGUUGCUGGGCAAGUGGUGGAUCAUCUCAAUGGGAGUUACUCUGCUGUAUUCUCUUUACUCUGGGAAGGAGACGCACAGGUUGAGGUGACGCUGGUUCACUCUAGUGAGGCUAUCACAGUGCUGAGCAGGGUGACCAGAGAACAUCCUGACAGGGUUACCUUCAGCAGCCUCUUCCGCUCAGGCUCACGCUCUGAAAGUAGCAUCUGUAACGUCCGCCUACAUCCAACCCAGCCGCUGUGCAACUAUACUGACCUCCGUACAGGCGAGCCUUGGUUCUGCUACAAGCCAAAGAACCUGAGCUGUGAUGCCAGGAUCGACCAUAUGAUGGGAGGAUACAAACAAAACAUCAAGGCCAACGAGGACAAGCUCUUUAAUAAUGGUGCCAACAUGAAAGUCUUCAUUCGAUCUUCAGCACCUGCCAAUGUCACUGUGUUGCCAGAAAAUGAAGGUCAGCCAGAGGUGAAGAGCAGCUAUUUGACACCUGGACCCUCCGGCUAUUAUUAUCAAGGUGUAUGGCGAGCACUAGGAGGCCCCACAGUUCACCAGUUCAACACCCCCCCUGCCAUCAGUCAGUGUCUGAAAGGCAAGGUGGUCCACAUGUAUGGAGACUCCACCAUCAGACAGUUUUUUGAAUACCUCACCCAAGCUCUACCAGAUCUUAAGGAGUUCGACCUGCACAGCCAGAGGCAAGUUGGACCUUUCAUGGCCUUGAAUUAUGCAAACAACAUCAUGGUCACAUACCGCUGCCACGGUCCUCCUAUCCGUUUUGGCAAGGUCCCAACCAGUGAGCUUCGUUACAUUGCUAAUGAACUAGAUGGCUUAACUGGAGGCACCAACACUGUCGUAGUUCUUGGCAUCUGGUCUCACUUCAGCACUUUCCCCAUGGAGGUGUACAUCCAGCGGCUGCAGAAAAUCCGCAGGGCGGUGGUGCGGCUACUGGACAGGGCUCCAGGCACACUGGUCAUCAUCCGGUCAGGAAACCCCAAAGCUUUGACACUUUAUGAGACAAUAACCAACAGUGACUGGUACACUCUGCAGCGUGAUAAGGUGCUCAGAGCCACAUUCAAAGGACUGAAUGUUCAUCUGAUUGAUGCCUGGGAGAUGGUUCUGGCCCACCACCUGCCGCACAGCCUCCACCCACAGCCUCCCAUUAUAGAAAACAUGAUUAACGUUAUCUUGUCCCAUAUAUGUCCUUAAAGGGCAGUUAGUUGUAUGUUUGUUGGGAGAGAGGUUAUGUUAAUGUUAUCGCUGUGUUUCUACCAUGUGCUGCGUUUUUCCUUCAGCAGCCCAUGCACAGGCUAGACUGACAAUCAAUUUUUAAUCAUGGAAUGCUGAGUGAGCACAAAAAAACCUCACCUGAAGGGAUUGAAAGCAGCUACAAGCCAUGUUGGGGUUGGGCAUUACAAACAACCACUACUUAACAUAUUACCUUAUUACCUCCUCGAUAUCUUGGAAUUGCCAAGCAGCAACAUUUUAUGAUGAUAAUAAUCAAUAAUAAGACACUUUUCAUGUGUUUGUUUCAGAACAAAAGUGAAAGUGUAAAAAUGAAAAUUUGUGGCAAUGCGUUGGACUAUAUGUUGGCUGAGUACAGUUUGGACUCUCCCCACGUUGCCUGGCGACCUCAAAUGGUCGCUUGAUUGCGGCUUAUUGCAUGCAGCCAUGGUUCUGCUCUUUCUGACAGCUAGUUUAACAAAAACAUGUUAAUCAGUCUCAAAAUGACUCCUGGGAUGGUUUAUACACUAGACACUGUUGUUAUCAAGCACAGGGGGAGUUUCUUCCAUUCUGUUGUCAGUCAAUGCAGUGUGAAACUGCAAGGAGAUUCACUUUUUUUUGUAGAAAUGACCUCAACAGCUACGGCUAGAAAAAAUAUCCCUCGAAAGAGAGAACAAGAUUCUGCUGUUAUAUGAUUAUGUAUACUGUUUGACAUGUUAACUGAAUUACAUCUUUGGUUGUGGGGUGGUGUGAUGUACAGAUAUAUAAUUUCCUUCUGAAUUGCAAUUUUUGUAUUUUUAAUUUUAUAUAAUGUCAGGGGAAAUAACAAAUUACAUUUACUCUUGUUACUGUAAUUAAGUUGUGCUUUUUUUCCCUUUUGUUUUGAGUUCUUGUACUU